GACCCCGAUACUGACGAACACAUUCAUAAUUACAGGUGAUUCGACCAUCAUGCUUGCGCUACUGUUGCUGUGCUUUGCCCCCUUGGCUGUAGCCGAACCUAUAACGGCAAAAUGCUGCUUCCCCCACAAGUUCACAGCUGUGGUAAUGGAAAAUGGAGGACUGAAAAUGCCAAAUGCCCCGGCAUCGGGAAUCGAUUACGUCACACACAUGUACGCGAACUUUGACAAAUCAUUGGUGCGGAUGGACCGAAAUGGUACAACAGGUGGAUUGCCUGAUAUACAGACGAUGUAUUUCAACUAUACCAAGCAUAUGCUGCAUUUUAUAAAGGAUGGUCAAUGCACACCAACCAGCUUGGCCGCUCCUGUUCCUUCUCUAUGUUUUCGAGAAGGCUACCAUUACGAGGGCAGACACGUCCUAGGCUCCAAAGGUAACAACAUCAUCAGUGACAAAUGGUCGAGGACGUCAACGGCUACAAACAUAUCUAUGUCUUUGUACGUCUCAGAGGACUGCACACCUCUGAUUCAGAUAUACACCGACUUAGCGUCUGCAGUUCGCGCGCAAACUAUUUUGACAUACACUAGCUUCUCGGAAGGUGUAUCCGAUGACGUGUUCAAUCUGCCUGACUCAUGUCAGUCCUGAAGGAUGUUUCAGGUAUACUUGUUAUCGUUUCCGUCGAAAUAAACAAUUUGUAACACGU